AUGUAUCUUCCACGGUCCCUUAUAUCCAAGCUUUACCUCCACCUCCAAAACACGCGCCAUCCGCUCUCGCCGCCCGUCCUCGUCCUCGUCGCGCUCGAACCCGAUGCCCUCUGCGCAUGUCGAAUCUUGACUCGUUUGUUGAAGCACGACUACAUCCCACACAAGAUCCAGCCCGUUUCCGGAUAUGCUGAUCUCGAACGUGCCGGUCGGGACCUGGUCCAGCCCAUGAUGGAGACCCAGGGAGGCGGUGGAGGAGUUGUCGUUUGUCUUGGUGUCGGAGGCAUGGUCGAUCUCGGCACACUACUUGGGCUGGAGCCCGAGGGAGAAGAGCUUACCUUCGGCGGCGUAGAGGUCUGGGUGAUAGACUCGCAUCGUCCGUGGAAUCUCGGCAACGUCUUUGGCGGGUUUCCUCUCGAGCCCGCCGUGGAAGAUGGCGAAGGACUGCAAGCGCGAUGUCCCACGGGCGUGGUCGCUGGGCGAAUCGAUCGUGCCUACAAACCUGGCAAAGGAGGCGUUGUCGUAUUUGACGAUGGUGAUAUCGAAGACGAUCUCACAGCGGAGAAGGAAGCAUAUCUCGCUCUGCUAGACAUGCCAGAGAUCGACGACGACGGCGAGGACCUGGGAGACGACGAAGACGACGACGAAGACAACGAGCACGAGGAGGAUUUGUUUGAGGAAUCGGUCCACGCCGGCCAGAAGAGGAAGAGCUGGUCAGACCGCGACGAAGGGGAUGAUUCCAGCGAUACAGAUGAUCGGCCGCCGCAACGCAGAAGAAGCAACUCUUCUUCUUCCAUCCCAUCAUCACCCCAGCGCCCAGCUCAUCGAGGCUUGGUGCAACUACGCGACGCUGGUAUGGUUUUGUCCAGCGACCCUCUCGAGCCUCCAUCUGCCGCUCAGCCGCCACCUGCACCUUCUGCGAGGAUCCUGCGCCGUCGCUUGCUGCGGUUACGUAGGGAGAAGGAGGGCGUUCUUCGGAAAUACUACAAGAUUGGUGCAUCAUUCUCGGAACCGAUCUCCUCCAUGAUGUACUCUCUGGCCUCCGAGCUUGGCCGAGAAGACAACGACUUGUUGUGGCUCACCAUUGUCGGCGUCACGUCCAUGGAACUCUACGGCAGAUCUUCGGCAGGCAUUGCGGUCCCAGUCCGCAACUCGGAUCGAGGACAAGGGAAUGGCUGGAUGGGAGUCCGUGGCGCCCGUAUCCGGCAGCUGCUCAGAGAUGAAGUCCGCCGUCUCAAUCCUCCAGAGGUGGGCAGCUCGAGAGCAUCAGCCGAGAACUCGGGCAUCAUCCCCACCACUGCCCGGAGCCCCGAAGACACGAGCAUCAGGCUGUCCCCGGAACCAAAGUUCCUCCUCAUCAGACAUUGGAGUCUCUACGACAGCAUGCUUCACUCACCCUACUUGUUCGCCCGGCUGAAGACGUGGAGCGAAACAGGUUUGAAGCGGCUACACAAGCUCCUGGCCAAAAUGGGUGUCAGCUUGGUUCAGUGUAAACAGAGCUACACCCACAUGGACAUGAUGCUGAAGCGUGAACUCCGCCAGAAGCUUCUCAAGUACGCUUCUCUCUACAACUUGGACGACAUGGUGCCCUCCGUCGACACCGAUGGCAGGGAUCGUUCUGGCGCCAAGGACGGGUGGGGUUUCGUUCGGAGCUGGGGCUGGCGAGCUACGCUGAGCGCACAGGAUGUUGGCGUUGUCAUCGGUGCCUUGCUAGAAGUCGGCAAGCACGCCGACAGCACGGAGCUGGCAAAAGCAGUGAACGACUCCCAGUUGGAGGACGCUGACGAUGAGGAGAUCGUCAACGCGCAGAGUGAGGAGUGGGUCGGGCGGUUCUGGGAAGCGUACGAUGCCCUUGAGAACAUUGAUGCUCUCAAGUCCGGGUUGCCGACUGCCCAAUUCUUGCAUCGUGCCAUCUACCGCACUGGCACGUCGUUGAUCAACAAGAAACAGAUCAAACAUCUACGCGCAUUCCGUAUGUGUGUGGUCAAGGAGGGGCCCGAUGUCCCCAUCUUCGGUCACCCGGCAGCGCUCACCAAGCUUGCACUGUGGAUCGGCGAGGCUCUUGUCGAACAAGAGAAGGAUGCUACCGGGCGCCUGUCUCAUGGAGGUCGGGGGACUCCCCUCGUCGUGGCCAGUCUGAACGACAAGCGGGGGGUCUACCUCGUCGUUGGAACCGGCGGAGGUGGAGGCCCCGACACAACGUUUCUGGACCGUGAGGCCGCCAAGAAACGACAGACCGCAAAGGACGAGAAGGCCAAGAAGAAGGAGGAGUCAAGACGCAACAAGCAAAAGAUUCGAGAAGAAAAGAGCGCUGCCCGCGAGGCGGCCGGUCUGGAGGACGAGGACGAGGACGAGCUCGACACCGAGUCUGAGGCGUCUGACGGCUCGGACUCGGAUGAGGACGACGAGGAGCAAGCCAAGGACAAGGGCUACGGCCUGAACCGAUUCGGGUCUGCAUUUCAGGAAGUCGUUGCGGAGACCAACGCUCGCGUUCGAAUAGACAGUUUCGAGCACUGCGUGGUGGAAGUCAAGAAGGAAGAUCUGGGAGGCUUCUUGGAGAGCUUGAGCAUGAAGGCCGUGGUCGGCUAA